CUUAUUUAAGACCUAUGCACAGAGCAAGGUCUUCAGAAAACCUACAACCCAAGGUUCAGUGUUACCCCUCAUCAACCAGCCCAGCAGCAUCUUCGGGAUUCCCAAUGGCGUUGCCCUUUGCUUUAAUGAUGGCCCUGGUGGUGCUCAGCUGCAAGUCAAGCUGCUCUCUGGGCUGUGAUCUGUCUCAAACCCACAGCCUGAAUAACAGGAGGACUUUGAUGCUUAUGACACAAAUGAGGAGAAUCUCUCCUUUCUCCUGCCUGAAGGACAGACAUGACUUUGAAUUUCCCCAGGAGGAAUUUGAUGGCAACCAGUUUCAGAAAGCUCAAGCCAUCUCUGUCCUCCAUGAGAUGAUCCAGCAGACCUUCAAUCUCUUCAGCACAAAGAACUCAUCUGCUGCUUGGGAUGAGACCCUCCUAGAAAAAUUCUACAUUGAACUUUUCCAGCAAAUGAAUGACCUGGAAGCCUGUGUGAUACAGGAGGUUGGGGUGGAAGAGACUCCCCUGAUGAAUGAGGACUCUAUCCUGGCUGUGAAGAAAUACUUCCAAAGAAUCACUCUUUAUCUGAUGGAGAAGAAAUACAGCCCUUGUGCCUGGGAGGUUGUCAGAGCAGAAAUCAUGAGAUCCCUCUCUUUUUCAACAAACUUGCAAAAAAGAUUAAGGAGGAAGGAUUGAAAACUGGUUCAUCAUGGAAAUGAUUCUCAUUGACUAAUACAUCAUCUCACACUUUCAUGAGUUCUUCCAUUUCAAAGACUCACUUCUCUUAUAACCACCGCAAGUUGAAUCAAAAUUUUCAAAUGUUUUCAGGAGUGUAAAGAAGCAUCGUGUUUACCUGUGCAGGCACUAGUCCCUUACAGAUGACCAUGCUGAUGUCUCCUUUCAUCUAUUUAUUUAAAUAUUUAUUUAUUUAACUAUUUUUAUUAUUUAAAUUAUUUUUAUGUAAUAUCAUGAGUACCUUUACAUUGUGGUUAAUGUAACAAAUAUGUUCUUCAUAUGUAGCCAAUAUAUUAAUUUCUUUUUUCAUUAAAUUUUUACUAU